UGGGACAUUCCCCUUCAAUGCACGACUACAAAUUCCACACCUAUCAUCUCUCUCAUUUCAAGAUCUGCCCAUUUCUCCAAAUCCCAUAUCGAGAGAGAUGUUGGUGAAGAAAAUGAAGUCUGUUAAGAAGCUAGCCAAGAAGGUGGUGUUUGGAAGGCGUCAACAACCGCAAUACAAGUGCCUCCGGCGCGGCGAUGAGGUGGAUGAUUUAGAGUCUUCUCCUGAGACACCAACUGGGUUUUUCGCGGUCUACAUUGGUGAAGAACGGCAGAGAUUCGUCGUGCCCAUGGCAUUCCUAUCACACCCACUCUUCAAAAUGUUACUAGAGAAGGCCUACAAGGAGUAUGGUUUUGAACAAAGGAAUGGGCUAGUGGUCCCAUGCACAGUGCCAACUUUUCUAGAGGUGGUCAGUGCUAUGGAGUGUUGUCAUGGGCAGUUUGAUCUUGAGCCGUUGGUCAGCGAGUUGGUUGCUUAAGCACCGUUUGGGCGCUAUGCUAGAUCAUGAAUUGGGUGGUUUGUAAAUCAUUUCGAUCGCGAAUUGCAGGUGUGUUUGGUCAAGAUCAUAAAUGGUUUGUAAAUCAUUUCGAUCUCGUGCAGGAGUCUAGGUGUGCAUUUGGCUUGGGCUGGUGAGAAAACAUAAUUUACUAUUUUUGGGAUUUCUAUUCUUAAUAAAAUCUCCAAAUGACAUGAAAAGAUGUUGGAGCCAUUAUGAAAUAGCUUGUUCUCGGCCAUGAAAGAAACCCUUUUCGCAGUUCUUGAAAAUUCUAUUAAGGUUAUAGUUUUCACAUUCUUGAAUUAUUUUUCUCCGCCUUUGAAAUGUCAUGAUCCAAAUACAGCCAGAGUUAGAAGAGAAGAGUUAGGGUUGGGUGAGAUUCUUGGAUUGUAUGAUGCUACAGAUGUGUUUGUAAUACAACGAUUUUGUAAAUAAUUACAAAGACAUACUUGUAUACAUGUUCACAAAUGUUCCCAUUUUGGAUUUUCUUCUUGUUCUUC